CUCCGUUCUCUCUCUUAUCUCUCUCGUAUCUUUCAGAGAGAGAACGUCGAGGCUUGAUGGUCGGAUCUUUUCCGAUUCAACUCUCCCGAUGUUCGGACUCUUGUCUCUGGGAAGCGGUGGAUCCUUUAUCACUGUCUUCGCCGGCUUUAGGUCUCCGGGAAGGGGUGGCUUCUAUAGCACCUUUCUUCGCCGGCUUCUCACCGGAGUAUUCCGGGUCGUCGCCAUCUUCAAACUUAUUUGAAUCAUCAAAGAUGGAGGUUUGCGUUUCAGGAAAAUUGGAUUCAAAUCGAUUGCAGACGAUUGAUGAUUUUAUGAAGCAUAGAUCUGUCAGCAAAUCCUCUCGAAACGAAUCUCUGUGAAGGCCGGUUUGUUUGAUCGGCGUUUCAUCGAUUUUGCUUCGUCGUCGACGGUGUUCUGUCGCGUUUCUUCGCUGGCUCCGGAGGAAGAAGUUUGAUCCGCGUCUUGACGCGUGUACAUUGAUCGCUGGGCGAUCGUACACGUGGUGGCAUCGUGUCACUUCUUCCCCAACGGGUUUUACUCUUGUGGGCUUAUUAUGGCCUCAAGAUGUUUUGUUCUCUGAGCCUUGUGUGGGUCUUUAGUUUAUAUUUUCUUUGCCUGUAGUGUGGGCUUUUUGUUAUGUUGUUUUUGCCCAUUUCUUGGGUCUACUUUGUUUAUGUUCUUGUUUAAUAAAUACCCAGUGAAAAAAAAAAAAAAAAACGUUUCAAAAAAGAAAAAAAAAACGCAGUCGCAUAUUAUGAAACAUGAAUAAAAAGAGUUUGUGUUUGAAUUAAGAACAGUAUAACUUACUUUAGUUUAAAGAUUUUUUGGUUGUCGGAAAUAGAUGUUUCUAAAGUUGGGUACAAAAAGAGUUAAAAUAGUAGUUGCAUAGUUAUUUUUCUCCGUUGGUAGUUGAUGACGACCUUACCGUCGUAGGUCGUCGAAAUGUUAAAAGCUGAUCACUCAUGUAUGUAGAGUUGUAGACUACUACUAUCUUUAUUUUUUAUAAAUGACAUAACUAUUUUUAACAUAUAAUUUAUAAACUUAUAUGCAAUACUCAAAUAAUGCAUUACUAAUAUGUAAUUUAAAUUUAGCGAUAGCAUAUUGUGGUUCUUUUUUCCGGAUAUAUAAACGUACUCGUAACUGUAUGAGAUGUAAGCUAGUUACAUUAAGCUUGAUGCGUUCCAAUCGCGGAUUGCAACAUGUCUAAAGCUUGAGAAGCAUCGACUUGCAAGCGAAUCUGGUUUCUCUCUACGUGCCUUAAAAGUUCCUGGUUGUAUGAUAGCCGAAUAUAUAUUGAAGUGUUUUGUUGGUUUGUGAGGCAACCGCAAGUUAUCAACCGUGAGUAGAGCUUGAGUGAUGUGAACACAUAUAUAUUUAUUUGUAUUUUUUGAAAUAUUUGGUUUGUUGUAAAGAAUGUGUAUGCGUUGGAUGUUAGAUGACUUAGCUAGACUAGUCCACGAAUCUAGUUUUAUGCUACUCUCCGCACUAUCUCGUGGUGUAGUUGUUGGAGCUUGGUGCGUGGUAAAAUUUCUUUGUAAAUAAGUAAUUAACGACACUUUGAUUUUGAUUUGUUAAUGUUAAAAAAAUCAUAUUAUCUGAAUAAUUAAUAAGAAUUUCAUAUCUCGAAUAACUAAUUAAACCAUAUUAUCUGAAUAUUUAAUAAGAAUUUCAUAUCUCGAACAACUAGAUUCAGACGUAAGAGAGGAAACAAACUCAAGUUACAUAAAAACUUAUUUAAAAAUAUGAUUUAGAAACGUAGAAAAUAUAAGAUUGAUAAUUAUAAGCGGUUCAAAGAAUAUGAUAUCGGAGUUAUAGAUAGAGCUGAAUCAUAUGGAAACAUAUCCGUACAAAUAACUGAAGCGAAUUGGUUGGUAGAAUAUAAAGGAAGAUCACUAAAAGGGUUUGCUGGUAAGACAAAGAUUAGUUUGUAGCUAGUAAGAAUAAUGUUUCUCCUUGUCGGCGGAACCAGGAAGCUCCGAUCGUUCUCCACGGCGGCGGCGCAGCCAUAUCUCCUGGUCAGAGAGAGGGAGGUCACGUUGAAGUCCUCCAGUGAAAGAGUGGUCACCUUAAAUCUGUUGGAUCCGUGUAAGCUUGAGAUGGUGAAGAUCCCCGGCAAGACUCUCCCGACAGAGGUUGCUAAGUCGUUGAGGAUAGGUUCAUCCAAGGGAUGGGUGGCUGUGACGGACCUUCAAAAUUCGAAACUGCGUCUCACCAAUCUAUUUAACCCUUGUGCCUCUUCACCAACAACAAUAACACUGCCCCCUCUCGACGGGUGUUACAGAGGUUCAGUUGCCCGAGUUUCCAAGGUCUCUCUCUCAGCCUCCCCGAACCAACGUGACUGUGUAGUGGCUGCUAAGUUGUUUGCUCCACUCGUCAGUCUGUGUCGGCCUGGUGACUCGGAGUGGACACACAUCGAGACCCCAAACAAUUUCUUCACUUCAGCUGUGAUGCACUCUAUGAGAGACCAGAAGUUCUAUCUCCAUUCCCCGCAUACGGCUCCGACUGAUCUGAUCAAGACUUGCUCUGACUUUCCUCCGGUGAGUCCUUACAGGAGGUUCUAUUUUUCUGACAUCCCCAAGACCACACAAGAUUUGUAUCAGUCAUCUAUCUUUAGAACUCAGUACUUGGUCGAGUCACCUUCCGGGGACUCUUUCAUCGUUAUCUGGUGUAUGGCUGGUGGUAAGAUGGAAAAAGAGACGUCAAGACUCAUGUGCGAAACCAAGGGCUUUAUGGUGUUUAAGCAAGACCAUGGUAAGAAGUUGUGUUCCUAUACACAAGACAUUGGCGAUCUCUGCAUUUUCCUAGGCAAGAACGAAUCCUUUUGUGUCUCUGCGACAAAAUAUCCGGGGCUGAACCCGAAUUCAGUCUAUUUUGAAGGCAGUGAAACUGGGUUCGGCUUUUACCAACUUAGCUCAAACACUGUCCACGAUCUCACGCAUUUGGCCCCUUUCUCCGCCUUCUACUUAUGGCUUGCCCCUCUCGAAUAAAAAAAGCAGCUUCUGGUCCUUUUGUUUUCACAACUAUCUUACUACUGUUUAAUUUAUUUAUUGGAUUUUCAUUCUUUCAUCAUAUGGUCUACUUAAUUCAGCUCCAAUUGAUUUUUAUGUUCAUAACAACAGUGUGGUUGGCUAUAUAUAUGCUAUAUGCUAUCUUAAUUUUAAUAAAUGACAUAACUAUUUAUAAGAUAUAAUUUUAUAAACUUACAUGCAUAUAUACAUUACUAAGAUGCGUCCAAAUAAGGGCUGCAACGUGUCCAAAAAUUUGAGGAGCAUUGACUUGCAAGUGAAUCUGCUGCUUUCUCUCUACGUGCCUUGAAGCUCAUGGUUAUAAUAUGAUAGCCGAUCAUUGAAGUGUUUUGUUGGUUUGUAAGGCGCACGCAAGUCAUCAAUCGUGAGUACCUUGAGAAAUGUGAACAUAUCUAUUUGUACGUACUUUUGAAAAUGUUGUCGUGUCAUAAGGAAUGUGAAUGCGUUAAAUGGUAGUACUAAAUUGAGUUAGACGACUAGUCCGCGAAUUCGCUUUUACCCCCCACUCUCCGCACAAUCUCGUGCUGUAAUUGUUGGAGCUUAUUGCGUACGUAAUUGUCUUUUAGAAUAAGUAAUUAACUAAACUUUGAUUUUGGUUCGUAACCAAAAUUUCAUUAAAAUUAGUAACAUGGGUCUGUCCACAUAUUACUUUACAUUCCCCAUAAACAUUCGAGUACACGUAAGCCGGUGACAUGAGAGAUUAGAGAGUCAAGUCGUCAUCCCAAAAGAAAUUGUUUUUCUUUGCGGGAAAAUUGGCUUAAGUUAAAUAUGGGCCUAAUCAACAUCCCAUUAGCCCUAAUACAGACGCCUCUAUAUAAACCGAUCUAAAGGUACGGUACACUCAACUUCCACAGUUUCUCCUUCCCCGCCGUUUCUGAGAUUUUUGUUUAGCAUUCAAAUUAGAUCUCUGUUAUUUAAUUUAAGUCUAUGGUUGUCAGUUAAGAGAUGCAAUGAAGAGUUAAUAUCGGAAAGUAUAAUAGAUCGUUCUCGCGAGAUGAAAUCCGAUUAUAUUUAUGGUUUUUAAAUAUGUUUUUGAAAAAAUGAAGAAAGCAGGGAUUGUGUGUAUCGGCUUAGUGCUAGCAAUGCACUUUGUACGAAAGAUUUCCCUUGCAAAAUCAUUUUGGGGCAGAUGGGCAGUUGUGAUUCA